AUGUAUUCCUCCACUCCGAUCCUCCACCUGGCGGCUUUCGCUUCGACCGUUCUCGCCCACGGAAACAUCAUCUCCCCUCCGGCUCGCGUCGUCGGACCAGCCAUGGACGCCGCGUGCGGAAAGUCCGUCGCGAACCUCGUCCGGGCCGACAUCACGAGCCACAUCGAAGACAUGCCCGAGGCGUUGGCGCUGGAGAAGGACACCGACCCGGCGGGCUGCAACGUCUUCCUCUGCCGCGGGCAGCAGUUCGCCGACAACAAGGCGAACGUGCAGAACUACACGGCGGGCCAGGUCGUCAACAUGCGCGCCGUGCUGCCCAUCCCGCACGAGGGCCCCAUGAACGUCAGCAUCGUCGACACGGCCACCAACCGAGUCAUCGGCGCGCCGCUUAUCAGCUUCGACAGCUACGCCGACGAGUCGCUGGCCGAGCUGCCGGCGAACAACACCAACUUUAACGUCACGGUCCCGUCGGAUAUGGGCACUAACUGUACGGAGGCCGGCGCUUGCGUCAUGCAGUGGUUCUGGUUCGGCACUUCGGCUAAGCAGACGUACGAGUCUUGCGUCGACUUCAUGAUGACCGACGCGGCGUAA